AUGCCGUUUGGACUCAAAAACGCAGGUGCUACUUACCAGAGGCUCAUAGACAAAGGAUUCGCCGAUCAAAUCGGUAGGAACAUAGAAGUCUAUGUCGAUGACAUGGUAAUUAAGAGCGGCAAUGAAGAGGAACUACUUCACGAUGUGAAAGAAACUUUCCAGAUCAUAGCUAAAGCGAAGAUGAAGUUAAACCCAGCUAAGUGCACUUUCGGAGUUGAGGAAGGGCAAUUCCUUGGUUUACAACUUCACCUCUUUUCUCUUCCUCCAAUUACCUUUGUAACUUCUGAUGAAUAUGAGGCCCCGGUGGUGGCACUUUCAGAUGCAACAUCGAUGUCCGAUGUUGGUGAGAGUUAUGAGGAAUGGUUGCAGAGAGAAGAUCAUGUUGUGUAUUCUAGGGAUUUUCUUAAACAGCCUGUAACUCUCGCUGGUGGUGAUCAGAGGUCUUGUGAUGUGGGAAGUAAGUUUUUCCACACCAUAAAAGGGGUCAAACUGAUGUUGCGAUUGGCUCCACUUACACAGAUGAAACAUCUGGUGUUCUUAGAUCAACAAAGUCAAGUAAAUACUAUGCUGAAAAUGAUGUUGCCACUACAUGAGGGUGGGAAAGCACAAUCAUCAAAUGGUCAAAUUACAAACACAUGA